UGGUCCGAGCGCGGAGCUUGUUGACGGGUGGAAACUGUUCGAGCAGCUUUGGAUUCCGGGCUGUCAAACGUUGGACUUAAACUGUGUGUGUGUGGUUUUUUUUUGGGUUGUUGUUGUUGAAUAAUAACUGGGGCAAAAGCAGAAGCGGCCGCGGGUAAAAUGUGAGGCGAUGGACGGGGAACAGAGUGCGAAGCUGGCGGAAGGUCCUGAAACGCAAGAGGUCCAGGAAGUUGCUCCAGUGAUAAGCGACUCUUCUACCGGUGCUGUCGCGCAGCAAGGCGAUACUCGGGUGGACGAGAUGAUUGUGAUUCUCACCGAGGGGCAGGCGGCUCCGACUGAGGGAGGGGAGCAGAGUCAACCUGCUGCUCUCGCCUCGGCAGCAGCGCUCAGAGUGAGCAGGGAGCGCUCCGAACUCCUGGAGAUCGACGCCAUGGACGCCUCGCUCAACAGUAUGUUCCACGCCAUAUCCAGCAGCAAGGCCGUGAUCAAGAGCCAGCAGAAAGACGAGCCCGACCUCCUCUACGAUCAGAAGCUGGCCAUCGUGAAGGAGCUUUUCUUCUGCAAGCCAGUGGUUUUCCUGGAACGCUUUCACAAGAUCAUCAGAGAGGAUCACCUGCGCUGCUUCAGACACUUGGCUGGCAACUACGAAGUUGCCUUUUACUGCAACGAAGUGCAAAAGUCUUCAAUGAAGAAAAGGGCCCGAACUAACGUCCGCAACAAGAGGUACGCGGCCCUGCAGCAGAUGAUCAAAGAUGGGGAGUACUUCAGCGAUGAGCAGAUGCGAACGAGAGAUCCCCUGCUCUACGAACAAUACAUCAGGCAGUACAUGACAGACGAGGAGCUGUUGGUUCAAAGCAACAGGAAACUGGGCACUGCAAUGACUCUGACUGACCUACUCAUGAGCACAUAUCAGGAAAAGAUUGUGCAGCAGAGACUGCAGUGGCAGCAAGAAAGGGAGGAUGCCUGUGAAGAAGAGGAAGACGAGGAUGAAGAGGACAGUCCUGUGUCUAAUGCUGAGGAGUGGGUGCCCAGUGAUGAUGAGAAGAGCAUGCUGAGGGACGAAUUUGUCAGCCGCAUGCACCAGCGCUUCCUAGAUGGAGAAGAUAGAGACUUUGAUUACAGUACUGUCGAUGACAACCCAGAGUUUGACAACCUUGACAUUGUGAAUCGUGAUGAAGAGGAGCGAUACUUCGAUGAGGAGGAGCCGGUGGAAAUCGAAGAUAUGGAAGAUAUGGUUGGAUAGAGAAUGAUGAGAUUCAAACACAGUUCAAUUAUAUGUCAUAUUUUUCCAAUUUAAAGUUAGAAUUGUUUCUGAGUUUGCUUUGUGACUGUUAGAGAAGAUGUUGUGGUAUUUGUACAUGGUGUGUCGAAACCAAAAAGUCCUAAUCUCUCCUCUUUCCCCAUUCAUCAAGAAUGAUUAAAAUGGCCAAGUGCCCUGUUGCUCUGGACCCAACAGCCAUUACGCCAUGAAAGAAUGAAACUGUGGGUGGCUGUUAAAUAAAAGUGGUAUUACAUCUCCCACAUCUUCACCAUUUGGUCCCUGAUGUGCAUGGAGUUAGCUGAUGUAUCUCCUGGAGAUCAGGGCAGAACAGUGGCACAGCUGGUUGAGCUUCUGCCUCGCAGCACCAGAAGCACGGGUUUAAUCCCCACCUCCAAUGCCAUCUGUGUGGAAUUUUACGCAUUUUCUCUGUGGGUGCGUGGGCUUCCUCCCACAUCCCAGACGUGCGAGUUUAUAGGUUAAUUGGCCUCUGUUAAAUUGCCCCUGGUGUGUAGGAAGCAAACGCAGUUAUCAGAGAACUAGUGUGAAUGGGUGUUCAAUGGUCAAUGUGAACUCGGUGGGCUGAAGAGUCUGUUUCCAUGCUGUAUCUUUUUUUAAUUAAAAGAGCUUUCUAAUUG